AUGGAGGCGAGUGAGGACGAAGUUGAGAGAAAGCUGAAGACGAUGGAACAAGCGGAGGAGGAGCAGGGCGAGGCACCAGUGCCGAUGGAAGUGGGCGAAAGGAGAGGCUCGGUGGUGUGCGGCGGCGUGCAGAUGCCCACCGAGCUGUGGCACCAGGUGUUCGCGCACCUCGACCACGUCGCGCUCUGCCACACCGUGAGCCUCGUCUGCUGGGACUGGUAUCACCUGGCCAACUCCAAUGCUCCCUGGCGCGGCGCCUUCCAGCGCAUGUGGCGCCUCCCCUCAAACACGCCCGAAGGCCCCGGCACGCCGACCUGGAAGGCGCGCUUCAAGCGAGUUCUCAACGUAGAAACCAACUGGAGGAACAAGAGGAAGAAGCAGACGGUGCUGAAACUACGAUGCGGUAAGGUGAUGAUGGUCGAUUUCAACGAUCAGUACCUGACCUCCGCAUCCGAGGACGGAACUGUGCGACUGUGGGAUCUGGCCGUGGAGAGUGGGGAGUGCAAGGCGACCAAGGAGAGGAUCCUGCACGGGCAUCACAGAUGGGUCAACUGCGUGCAACUGGACGGCAAGUGGCUCGCGAGCGGAGCAGACGACAUGGCCAUUCGCUUGUGGAACAUCGCCAACCCGGUGGAUUCGUCGGCCAUAGAGGAAACAGCGCUUACGAGAAAUGGAAUCUUGGCUUCGUGCAGUGCGGACCGAUCCGUGAUAUGUUGGGACGUGGAGACGAAUCAGCCGAUGCAACGCUUGCGAGGACACCUCGACGGCGUGCUCGAUCAACUCAGCGUGCGUGGGCUGAGUCUAUCGGACGACGGCAACGUGAUCGUAUCCGGAUCCUACGACAAGACGUUGAAGGUCUGGGACCGCAGAGCGGGCAUCGCUCAUCGUACGCUCGAAUUCAAGGGGCCAGUGUCAUGUCUUCACCUAUCUGAUUCGCACGUGGCCGUGGGAACGUACGCCGGCGAAGUCCACCUCUACGACUUCCCUUCCCUGCGCACGGUCAGCAUAAGUAACCGUCAUGGCCGGGUGUGGUGCGUCCAGUACGACCCAGUGCGCGACAGACUGGUGAGUUCGAUGACAUGGGUCAGGACGGACUGGCCUAAGUCGGGCACCUACGCGAUCGAAGCGCCGGCGGCCAUCUCGACUGACGGCAUCAACAGCUUCAAGUUCAACGACCAUCUGCUGGUGUCUGGCGGCUAUGCGGAGGUGACCAUGUCCAACUAUGACAUUUAG